UGCAAAUUAAAGCUUUUUCAUUUAAAUUAUGUAAAAAACUUAGUUUUAGCGGUGUAAAAUUGAAGUGAGAGAAGUAGAGCUCGUAAACGUGUAAUAAUGCGUAAGUGAUUCAGUUGAAAUUUUAAUAAAUAGCCAAGUAGCCCGGGUUAAUUGUUAAUUUGAGGUUAGACGUCACAAUGAAAGGGGCAUGUCUUUUGUUUUCUGGUAAAAUGACAACAUAGAGCAAAAUCUAUGUAGGGCAAAUAUUUUUGUUGUUAGAAAUACACAAAAAAAUCGUAAAAAAUGGAUAAUAACAACUAUUUCAGAUCUAAACCUCCAUCUAUGAAUUUUGUGCAUUCUGAUGUCAAAACACAGGGGAAAAAAGUUAGCGAAGAGAAUAUUUGGAAUACCUUAGAAAUAACUAAGGAAAAACGGAGCCCUCCAUAUCACACAGACAUUAUAUGGGUGCAGAAUCCAUUGCAGCAACUUAUUAAUAACGAAUUGCAGCGAGAUAUGCCGGCAGCUACACUAGACAUUUUAGGUAGCAUACAACAUCCCAAUAAUGAGGAGUGUGGCAUCAGGGAUGUUUGGGCACAUAACUUGGAGGAUGAAUUUCGAACCAUUAGACAGAUUGUACAAAAAUACCAAUAUGUAGCCAUGGAUACUGAAUUUCCUGGGGUUGUAGCAAGACCUAUAGGGGAAUUUAGAAGUUCUGCCGAUUACCAAUAUCAGAUGUUAAGAUGUAACGUUGAUUUGCUCAGAAUCAUACAACUGGGGCUCACAUUUCUUGACGAUAAUGGCAAAACACCUGGAGGCUCUUACACUACGUGGCAGUUUAACUUUAAAUUUAACCUGCAGGAAGACAUGUAUGCCCAAGACAGUAUUGAUCUGCUAACAAACUCCGGUAUCCAGUUCAAAAAGCACGAGGAUGAAGGCAUCGAGCCGCUGGAAUUCGCCGAACUACUCAUGACAUCGGGUAUAGUUCUGAUGGACAACAUUAAAUGGUUGUCGUUUCAUUCGGGUUACGAUUUUGGUUACCUGAUCAAGUUGUUAACUGAUAACACUUUGCCCCAAGAUGAAAACGAAUUUUUUGAUCUCUUGAAACUGUACUUUCCCACCAUAUAUGAUGUGAAGUACCUGAUGAAGUCUUGUAAGAAUUUAAAAGGAGGUUUGCAAGAAGUUGCAGAGCAACUGGACCUUGAAAGAAUAGGCCCCCAACAUCAGGCUGGAUCUGAUUCUUUAUUGACUGGAAUGGCCUUUUUUAAAAUGAAAGAGAUGUUCUUUGAAGACACAAUCGAUGAUUCAAAGUUCUCAGGUCACUUGUACGGUCUAGGAACUUCGUUCGCCGUGAACGGAACUUCAAAUAACUACGCGACCGACAACGGAGACACGACAAAUUCCUCGUGAAAUUAAGCGAGGAAAAAACAAACAAAAAGUCGUUUAGUGUGUACACCCAACUUUUUUUGUACAAAUAUUUUCCAUGGACAAUGAUUCAGUCAGUUUUUCCAUGUAUAUAAAAAAUAUAUAAAGAACCCCAAGCCUUUUUAUUUUGUAGCUUAGAUAUUAAGUACCUUUAUAUUAAUUUUUCAAAUACAUGGGGUGGUUAAUUAUUUGUUUAUUUUGUAAUAAAAAACAUUGAAUUGAGGCUGUUUAGAAAUAUCAACUUUCUAUUGGUUGAAAUGUGCUUUUGUCAAGUCAUCUUGUAUUUACAAUUACUUGAAAAUAAUUAACUACUCCAAUAUUUCUGUAACAGUCUGUCUGAGAUAAUAGAAUUUUUAUUUAACUUUUUACAUUUUCUAUUUUUGUGUAUUAUUAAAAAAAU